AUGAGCAGCAAAUCCUCCAACAUUUGCAUUCCCGUGCACAUGUUAACCAUGUUGAUGAUGCUUUCUUUCAUGUUAGCAUCCCCGUGUCCUACUGAUCAUGUUCAACGAUAUCAUAAUGCUUGGACUAAUUUUGCUUGCAACAAUGGACGUGUAGUUGAGAUAGACAUCCGUUUUUGUGAUGAUAGUGGCCUGAUAAAGGUAAUCAUUUCCUCAUUUCCGAGUGUUGAGAGGCUUUAUGUUUCAGAUAGUAAUCUUACAGGAAACAUCCUACAACAGAUUGGCUUGCUGCAAAAUCUGACAUAUAUUUCUGUCUCAUGGAAUUAUAACACAGGAGGUACCUUUCCUGUAUACAUUACCAAUCUCACCCGAUUAGAACACCUUGACCUUUCAGAUAACAAUCUCAGCGGAAACGUCCCAUCUCGGUUGUGGAGUCUCAAGAAUUUGAAGUUUUUGGAUCUUAGCUACAAUUGGUUGACCGGUCCAAUCCUUCAAUCUUUUGCUUCCAUGUUCAAUCUCACCCGAUUAGAAUACCUUAACCUUUCCAGUAACAGUUUAAAUGGUACCCUUCCAUCUCAAUUGUGGAGUCUCAAGAAUUUAGAGAUUCUGGAUCUUAACCAAAAUCAAUUGACCGGUCCAAUACUAACAUCUUUUCGUUCCAAGGUCGAUCUCACCAGAUUAGUACACAUCAACUUUUCCCGUAACAAUUUUAGUGGUACCCUACCAUCUCAGUUGGGGAGUCUCAAAAAUUUAGAAUUUCUGGAUCUUAGCAAAAACAGGUUAACCAGUCCAAUCCCUCCAUCUUUCGGUUCCAUGAUCAAUCUCAAAUUCCUAGACUUGAACACAAAUCAACUAAGAGGACCAAUUCCACAGGAACUUUGUAAUCUGCAAAAGCUAGAAACAUUGAACCUGGGUGACAAUCUUCUUCAAGGUCCAAUUCCCUCAGCUUUGGGUUGUUUAAGCCAACUGAUACUUUUGAACCUUGGUAUGAAUAACAUCAGUGGCCCCAUUCCUCGACUUAUAGAUUAUCUGAACUUAAAACAUCUCGACCUUAAUCAUAACCAUCUUUCUGGUGUGAUUCAUCUUGAUUUUACAACCUUGUCGACACUCUCUCACCUUGAUUUUUCAUCAAACCGUUUGUCUGGGAAUGUAUCCUUUCAGUUUCAGUUUCCUUGUAUAUUACAGUAUCUAGACCUCUCUGAUAAUUUCCUGACAGGUUACAACGGAUUAAAUAACUGCUACCAUUUAAAGUAUCUGGUCCUUAGUGAUAAUAUGUUUGUUGGAGAAGCAGUUAAUUGUACGAAUUUCUUAGGGUUGGAAUACUAUAGCCUAAAAGGUUCUGAGCAUUGUUGGGGAUAUUGUACGGAAAUUGGCUUUAUAUGCAACACCUCCAAAGAACACAAAUCCAUCCUCCUUUUGGAGAUUCUUCUUCCGAUGAUUGUUGGAUUUUGUUUCUUCGUGAUUGGUUAUGUGCUUUACCGUCAUAAAAAGGCUACCACACAGAAAAGUCAACCAGAAAUACAAAAACAUGGAGAUGUUUGCUCGGUAUUGAAUUAUGAUGGGACACUUGCAUUCGAAGACUUCAUCAAGGCAACAGAAGACUUCGACCUCAAAUAUUGCAUUGGAACCGGUGGUUAUGGAAGUGUUUAUGAAGCAAAACUGCCAAACGGUAAAACAUUUGCUUUGAAGAAACUCCAUCGGUUUGAAGCCAAGCAACCAGCAUUUGACAAGAGUUUCAAGAACGAGAUCCAAGUCCUAACCAACCUAAGGCACAAAAACAUUGUGAAACUCUAUGGUUUUUGUUUGCAUAACAAUUGCAACUUCCUUGUAUAUGAAUACAUGGAAAAAGGAAGCCUAUUUUGCGCAUUAAGUAACACUGAAUUCGCUGUCAUAUUGGAUUGGAAGACAAGGGUAAACAUUAUCAAACAGGUGGCGCAUGCUUUGUCGUACAUGCAUCAUGACUGCAGCCCACCCAUCAUUCAUCGAGACAUAUCAAGCAACAACAUUCUCUUGAACAAAGAAAUGGAAGGAUUUGUGGCUGACUUUGGAGCAGCUAGAUUGCUCGACCCUGAUUCCUCCAACCAAACCGUUGUCGUAGGAACUUUGGGAUACAUUGCUCCAGAACUUGCAUACAACAUCAUUGUGAACGAAAAAUGUGAUGUGUAUAGCUUUGGAGUUCUUGCACUUGAAACAAUUGGAGGGAAGCAUCCCGGAGACCUUCUGUCAUCCAUCAACUAUUCUAACGGGAAAGGUGCAACGUUGGAAAGCAUAUUUGACAAGCGACUCCCUUAUCCAACUGAUGAUAGACGGAUUGAAAUGCAAAUUCUCUGUGUUUACGAUGUUGCACUAGCAUGCAUUCGCAUGGACCCAAAGUCUCGUCCAACAAUGAGAAACAUAUCUCAUGAAUUAUCCAAGUGAUAUUGCACCAUUUGUACCUUAUGACCAUAUCUUUGUUCGUGUGCCUUCCGGUUGAAAUUUCUUUCAA